GGUAAUUGCUGAGGCAGAUUUCUGCAACGGUAACAGCACAGCUGUUUAAAGUGCGCUCAUUUGACGCUCGCGAUGCGUUCGUGCAGCGAUUCGACCAAUGGAAGUCCGGGCUCGUGUAACGAUGGGUAUUUUUCGGGAGAAACCUCUGAAACGAACGCGGUAUGUUUAAGUGUGUGUCAGUCAGUGUCAGAUCAGCAAAUUUGUCAUCACUUUAAAAGAUCUUUUGUGAAUUUUCCGGACAAAAAUCUUUCUGGAACAAGAAAGGGCGAUUUUCCCCAUCAUUGUGCGCUACAUGGUGAAAGUGGUCUUCGGCCUGAUGUGUGGUCGUUUGAGGACUGAAUCCAGGCUUCUCCCAAAGAUUUAGGAGGUUACUUGAUGAUUUGUAUUUAAUUCUGGCUAUAUCAGUUUUGGGAAAAGAAUGUCGACCUUUAAAGCGCGAGUGUUGUACGACUUCCAAGGGGAGCCAAACACCGCUGAAAUGUCCAUUACGGCUGGGGAGUUGCUCACGGUGACCAGAACUGAUGUUGGGGAUGGUUGGUGGGAAGGACUCAACCCCAAGGGCGAAUCAGGCCUCUUUCCAGAAGCCUAUGUGGAAAAAGUGGAGACAUCAUCCAAGCCCCCCAAUAUACCGCCCCCAGCUCCACCAAGUCAGCCAGGAUGGGGCUUUCCUGGUCAACAGGAGCCCGAUCAAGGGGGGCAUGAUGACGAUGAUUGGGACGAAUGGGACGACGAUAAUACAUACGAAAGCCCACCCUACAGCAAUAACAUGCCAAAAGCAGAGGGCAACACUCAAAGAUAUACUUCCGAACAAAACCACAACUUCACUAGACAAAACACACAACAAAGUGAUAACGUAUCACUAAGUGGAAGUAUGAUGGGCGACAAUAAAGGCACAAUCACAAAGAAAAGUUACAACAUAUUUUCAUCUGCUGUUAGAAGUGGAUUGGAAGGGUAUAUUUUAGGACUAACCAAAGAAGUAAGUGGAACAGCGGCCAGAAAGCCGCAUAUUUAUCGAGACAGUGACGACCAAUUGGGUCGUUGGGAAGUACUUUCCAACCCAUACACUGUUCAGAUCGCCUCCCCGAAAAAAGCCACCAAAAUGGGGGGCCUGAAAUCCUUUAUCGCAUAUACACUAACGCCUUCCUUUAGUAACGUCGAAGUAUCGCGCCGAUACAAGCACUUUGAUUGGUUGCACGAUCGGUUGAAUGAAAAAUUCAAUUUGAUUGCCAUACCACCCUUACCAGAUAAACAGGUAUCUGGAAGAUAUGAAGAAAUGUUCAUCGAACAUCGACGAGCCCAAUUGCAGGAGUUUAUUAAUUAUAUGUGUCGCCACCCGGUAUUAUCCACGUGCGAUGUUUGGAUCCACUUUCUCACCUGUACGGACGCCAAACAAUGGAAACAAGGUAAAAGAAAUGCGGAAAGAGACCAAUUGAUAGGAGCCAGCUUCUGUCUAUGUGUGGAGGCACCUGAAAAGGAAAUCAUGCCCUCUCUGGUCGAGGUGAAAAUCGACGAAAACCUGAAAUACGUGGAAAAAAUGGACCAGUGCAUCAAAAAUCUGAUGCAAACCGCCCAAGACCAGCAGAAAAAGUGCAUAAACAUGUACAAAAGAGAGUUUACGCGAGUGGGAGAGGCAUUUUUCGCCUUGGGCAGUGCCUUUGAGUACAACCAACAGGGCAUGUACUCCAAGGCUUCUGUAGAUGUGAAAAACAUCGGAUCGACCUACAUAAUGAUCGGGAAAUUGUAUGAGGAACAAGGCAAAAUGGAUUGGCUGCCAUUGUUUGACCAACUAUACAUCUACAAGGGCAUAACGUCGAAUCUACCCAAUGUGCUUCAGAUGCAGAAAAUGGCCGAACAGAAGAAGAAAGAGUGCGAACGAAACAAUCAGUUGCCUCAGGUGGCGUUAACGGAUGUUAGACGACGCUCUGACGUUAUUACAUAUACAGUAUUUGCCGAAUUGAAUCAUUUCCAGCAGGAAAGGGACCAAAACUUGAAGCGCGCAUUGAAAGAUUUUUUGCAGGAACAAUUAAAUUUUUACAAAAACGUCGUCACGAAAAUAGAGGAAACUCUCAAUCAGUUUGAGUAGGUUUUCACUGUUGUGACCAGGUGCUUUAUAUGGAAUUACAGGGUGUUUAUUCGAUUCCAGUAGCCAUGCAUUUAGCUAAGUGCUCUCUUGCUAAAACACCCUACGAAACACCAUGUUGAGUGUGGAUGAGAAUGAAGCAUUUAUUAUUAUUAUAUUUAAUUUUCCUUUAACUUGCAUGGGAAAUAAUGCUUCUAAGUGCUAAUCCUUCCAUCAAGCACGUCUUGUAACCAAUAGGUUUUUUACCUGUACAAAGUAUUUUGUGAUUGAUUUAUUAUCGCUAGAAAUUUAUCAAUUCUUUUAUUGUGUAUAUAGUUGUCAUUGAUUGUUUCGAUUGCCGAUGUACAAAAUUUUUAUCCAUUGUAUCUAUACAUAUACAUUAUCAGGUAUUAUUUUUAUGCGACCAAACAGUAAAAAAAAUAUUUUAUUCAUCGUAUCCUUAAAAUUUGUAAUUAUUUCUUUGUAUAAUAAAUUUACUAUUAUUGUAAACAGUGUUUUACUCGUGUUUUAUCAUCGUCGGAUUUUUGUGUUAUCUCCCAUUAUCUGACAGGUUGAUAUGGAUUAUAAAUUCAGCGUGUGUUUUAUGUAAAAUGACUACAGUUUGUUAGCGGGUGGCGUUGUGUAAUCGAUAGACAAAUGCGUGGAAACUUUACGCCCACUAAAGUGGGCAUUUCAAUUGACUUCCCACCAAUUUUUUGCGAAGAACUUAAAAUAAAAACUGACUCAUUAUUUAUGGGUUUUCGGCUUGAUCAACAAAAAAAACUGCAUCAUUCAAAUUCAUAAAAUGUGUGUGUGUACCGAGGUAGAACCGGCGCGAAUCAA